AUGGCUUACUUGAAGAUGAGAUGUAUAUAUAUGUUUCUACUGGUUCUGGGGACCCUUUGCUUGUAUUUUAGCAUUAACAGUGUGACUCCUUUUGAAAAAGAACAGUUUGUUUAUAAGAAAGAAAGUGGAAACUUCCUUCAGCUCCCGGAAGUAGACUGCAGGCAGAAUCCUCCCUUCCUUAUCCUGCUGGUGACUUCCUUGCACAGUCAGGUGGUUGCUCGUAUGACCAUCAGGCAGACUUGGGGGAGAGAAAUGGUCGUGCAAGGAAAACAAAUAAAAACCUUCUUUCUUCUGGGAGCCACAACUGAACAGCAUGAAAUGACAACAGUGACCCAGGAAGGCCAGCAACAUCGAGACAUUAUCCAGAAGGACUUUACAGAUGUCUAUUUCAAUUUGACUCUGAAGACCAUGAUGGGCAUGGAAUGGGUCCACUACUUCUGCCCUCAGGCCACCUUUGUGAUGAAGACAGACUCAGACAUGUUUGUAAAUGUCCACUAUCUGACUGAACUACUUCUAAAGAAAAACAGAACAACUAGGUUUUUCACUGGCUUCUUAAAAAUGAAUGAAUUCCCAAUUAGGAAAAAAUUCAGUAAGUGGUUUGUCAGCAAACUCGAGUACCCAUGGGACAAGUACCCACCAUUUUGUUCUGGCACGGGCUAUGUUUUUUCUAGCGAUGUUGCAAGCCAGGUGUAUAAUGUUUCUGACAGUGUCCCCUUCAUUAAAUUAGAAGAUGUUUUUGUGGGACUCUGCCUUGAGAAACUGAACAUCAAGCUGGAGGAACUUCACUCAGAGCAGACGUUUUUCCCUGAAGGGCUGAGCUUUUCCACAUGUCGCUUUAAGAAAAUUGUGGCCUGCCAUUUUAUCAAACCUCCGGAAAUGUUGGCCUAUUGGCAUGCUCUGGAGAUUUCUCUGGGAGAAACAUGCCCAGGUGUCUGA